AUGGGCAAACAACCUCUCGCCGCGUCCACGAGCGUGACCAAACGCCCAGGCGAGGCCAGGAACAUCAAAGCUAAAGGGAAGCACAAAGCCAAAGAAUCGAGAGAAGAAGACACCAAAGAGGAGACUGGCUCAGAAAGCGAACCCAGUGAAUCUGAUCAUUCCCCUGACAAAGCACCUCCCCCUGCCAAGAAAAGCCGCGGCCGCCCCCAAAAAGCGAUCAUCAAAGAUGCUGCGUGUCAACUUAAAUACAUGUAG